AUGGCGGAGAACAGGACGAAAUCGUCUGAUGACAAAGUAAAUCUCGUAGAGGAAUCGCCAUCCCCUGCACAGCCUUCUGGAGAGAAUGAAAAUAGUGGUGGCAGUUGGGGUGGUUGGGGUUUUUCUCCAUUUUCUUAUCUAUCGGAUCUUCAGAAAGUUGCUACUGUCGCUGCCGAAGAGAUCUCUCGCAAUGCUGCUGAGGUUGCUAAGAGCUUUACAGAUGUGCAAUCUACGGCUGAAGAUUCAGAAUCUUCAAAGGAGGAUGGUACAGAAGCAUCUGGUGUGGAAGAUGAAAGUGAAGAUGAGAAUGUCAAACGACGCAAAGAAGCUCUGGACAAACUUGAGAAAGCUAGUGCAGAUUCAUUGCUUAGCCAGGGUGUGAAGGUUUUUGAUGAUUCAGUGGAUUCUCUAACCUCAGGAGCUUGGCAAGCAUUAGGAAAUGCAUGGAAAGAGGGAGCCAAUUUAGUUCAAAAGCUUGAGAACUCAGCUUCAAAUUUUGCUGAAUCAAUUCAACAUGGUGCUCUACCUGGGUCAACUGGUGCUGCUGCACCAUCUCUAGUGGAGACCGGAAAGGCUUUUACUGCAAAGGGAAUACAAGUACUUGAGCAAGUUGGCAAAGAAACUAUGGAUCUUCUGAUUGCAGAAACUGGUAUUGAAGUUGAGGGAAAUACUAAGGAAUCUGAGGGGAGAACAGAUGAAGAUCAACAGUUCGAAGAAGUCACAUUUGAGCGAUACUUCUAUAUCUACGGAGGUCCAGAGCAGUUGGAGGAGCUGGAGGCAUUGUCUAACCAUUAUGCCUUACUAUCUAACCGAAGAAAGGCUAAGCUCUCAACUGAACAAAAAACUAUAUAUGAUGGAAAGUUAAAAGACGUCCAGCGUGUUUUCAACUUGGGUGCUGAACUUGAUGGAAACAGCACAGACUCAGGCAAAGGGAAGAAAGUAGAGGCUGAAACCGAUGACAGCUCUGAUGAAUUGAAAAACUUACACGAUUCCAGUGUUCGCAAGGCUGCUGAAUUGUCUGCGGGUUUUGUAAGUUCUUUGGCUGGACUUGUGCCAAAUGACAUAAUUCAAAGAACUGCAGGGAGACUGGAUUCUCUUCAUUCAGAUGGUGUUCACAGGCUUUCUGAAAUGUGCUGUUGUGCGAUAACUCAACUUUUGAUGCUUGGGAAAUCGAUCAUAUCCAAUGCAAACAGAGUUCGAGACCAAGAGAUUUACGAGGAAACAGUGAAGAUUGCCUGGCCUGAAGAUUCUGUUGAAAGAGCUAAGAUAAUCAGAAUGCAAGCACUAUCAAUGACUGGAAAAAUCGAAUCAGUUUUCAACAGUUUCAUUAAAGGCAUAUCAGAUAUAACUGAAGCACAUUCAGCAGCUGUUAAAAGCGCUAUGGCUGAUUAUCAAGUUAACUCUCAGAAAUCAAUUCAGGAGAAGGCAAAUACAUUCUCAGAACAGUUCCGUGCUGAUCACAGUACAGCCUUGGGGGAAAAUUCAGGAUGGACUACUGUACUUGCCUUAUGUGGUUCUCUCUACCUCAAUACCUGCUGCUUGAAUGUCGAAAAUGUUUAUCCCAUGCAAUUGCGCACAGAUAAUUCUCUUAUUUGA